CCACAGCUGGAAUAAAAGGGGAACAAGGUUGAACUAGGAGAAACAAAAGAACAUGGACUAUUAAAAAGGGAACUAUACCAAGGCGGGACAAAAGGAAAUCAAGAACAAGCCACGACAGACAAGUUGGCCAAGCCAUGGCUUGCUGCAAGGAAAUACGAAGCAGCAGCUGGAUUUAUCCUACCCUGGUUCUCUGCAUUUAUGGAUUUUUCUCCAUGAUGAGGCCAUCAGAACCUUUCCUCACCCCUUAUCUAACAGGACCAGAUAAAAACCUGACUAUCGAUGAGGUUACAAACCAGGUUUUCCCAGUUUGGACAUACUCCUAUCUGGUGCUGCUGUUUCCCGUUUUCUUGAUUACGGACUAUCUGCGCUAUAAGCCCAUCAUUAGUCUACAAGGCCUUAGCUUCAUUAUUACAUGGCUGAUGCUUUUAUUUUUCCAAGGAGUGUUAGCCAUGCAGUGGAUGGAGUUUUUUUAUGGGAUGGUAACAGCCACUGAAGUUGCCUAUUAUGCCUACAUUUACAGCGUUGUCAGUGCUGAUCAUUAUCAGAAAGUGACUAGUUAUUGCAGAAGCAUCACACUUGUUUCAACCACAGUUGCAGCAGUGUUGGGGCAACUUUUAGUAUCUUUGGCAGAGCUAUCCUAUUUUUAUCUAAAUGCCAUCAGUUUGGCUUCUCUGUCCUUGGCCUUCCUAGCCUCAUUUUUUCUACCAAUGCCAAAAAAAAGUAUGUUCUUUCACAAAAAUCAUAUCCCUGAAACUCCGCAAGGAACAAUGGGACAAGACACAAUGUCAAACGCACCCAGCAUUAACGAGCAGCCAAGUUGCCAAGAGGACAAAGAUGUUGUGAAAUCAUCUGUCAUUUCCAGGACAUUGCCUGAAUGCCAGUCUGACAAGCACCAGUGUCAUAUGCUUGUGCAGUUAUGCAAGGAUUUAAAGGAAUGCUAUUGCACAAAGAAGCUUCUUUACUGGUCCCUAUGGUGGGCUUUAGCCACCGCAGGCUAUAACCAGAUUGUGAAUUACAUCCAGGUGUUAUGGGACGACAGAGCACCCUCUCAGAAUUAUGACAUUUAUAAUGGGGCUGUUGAGGCAGCAGCAACAUUUUUGAGUUCAGUAACCUCCAUGGCAGUAGGAUAUGUGAAAAUUAACUGGGAUCUUUCAGGAGAGCUAGCACUGGGAAUCUUCUCUGCACUGGAUGCUGGUUCACUAUUUCUCAUGCAUUUUACUACCAACAUCUGGGCAUGCUAUGCUAGCUAUCUAGUUUUCAAGUCAUGUUAUAUGCUCCUCAUAACAAUAUCAACGUUUCAGAUCGCUGUCAAUCUAAGCAUGGAACGCUACGCUUUGAUGUUUGGAUUCAACAACUUUGUUGCACUGGUGAUUCAGACCAUUAUAACUGUAGUCGUAGUUGAUUCAAGAGGUCUGGGAUUGAAGAUAGUCACCCAGUUCCUAAUUUAUGGCAGUUACUUUGCAGUCAUAGCUGGGAUUUUCUUGAUCAGAAGCAUUUACACAAUUGUCUCAAUCCAAUGCAAAAAGGAAACACAGAACUCCUCCAACGGAUCUCAGAACAUUAAGGAACAAGAAUCAGAAACCAGAUUAUAACCAGCUAUGCAAACAUCUGUAGCUUUAAUGACUUAUCAAAAAUGCCCCUGCCUACAAAACUCACUGAAGUCAAUGAGAGAUUGCAGUAAGGGAAGCAGCACUUAGUCCUUCAUGUACGCCCCUGCUAAAUCACAACAAACUUAUGCCAACCGAAAGAAUUGCCUGAUAUAAUUGAACACCAGAUCUUCAGCUGGUGUAAAUCAAUAUUGUGCCACUGAUCUGAACUGAUCUACACUAACUUAUACCCUUCUGAGGAACUGGCCCAUCAUACUGACAUUUGGCCCAAAAAGGAAAGAAUCUGGUUUGAUUGGAUUCUGAUUUAUUUACACAGCAGCAUAACAAUCUCAAUCUAUAGUUAUGCCAAAAAUACCACGGUUCUUUUCCCCUCUCUCACUCAAGCUUUUGAAAAAACUGUAAAUCGGCUGCUUUCCAUUCAGCAAUUCAGCUUUGCUACUCCAAGUGGGAUGAGGGUUUUUCCUAUGCCUGUAGAAGAAUUACUGACUCUACACCCCUAUAACAUUCCUUCUUAGUUUUGUAUCUAUAAUGCUGUUUCCUCCCCUCCACCUUUAAGAUCACUCUUGAAAACUGGGCCUUUCACUCAUGAUGGUUGGAGAAGCCAGGUUCCCCAGAACAACUGUGAUGGUUAAAUUGAAAAAAGAAAAAAAAAAAAAAAAGAGUCAAGUUGUCAUUAUUUAUAUUUUGAAAGCUAUUGCUUGAACUUCAUGGUGAAUCCAUGGCAAACUUGGGCUGGAAGAAGAAGAAGAAAAUUUAAGAAUCAAGGCAAAAGAUAAACAGAGAAUCUCAUUCAUUUGCUUGUGCCUAGAUACAGAGUUAAUUUAAAUUAAGGGCAUGUGUUUCUCCGUAUCUCUAAAUUCAAAGAGAUUGUCCAGUAUGCAGUACAACCAGGAUAGGUGAAGUGUGGGGAAAUUUGGUUUGGUACAAUACAGGAAAAUUCCAAACUAGAUGAGUGAGGCAGGAAGAUGCAUCAAAUAAAAAACAAACACUGCAGGUAUAUUCAUUAAGUGCCAAAUCACCAGGUCCACUGAUCUCAGACGAGGAUUUUCAUGAGUAAGGACUUCAGAAUUUAUAAAAGGCUUGAAGCCCUACAGUUCAGCUGAGCAGUGAGAGAAAGUCACAUCCUGAAUGACAGAAGAGAGAUUCAGAAAGCACAGAUCCACCCUGUGGAUGGCCAGCCUCACAUAAGUUAUAUCAAUUUUUUUUUCUGUAACAAAGUUUUGCUGCAGUUUCUAACUACUUCUCAAAGCCAGACUGUAAUAAUAGAAGAAAAUUAUAAACUGAAUUUACAGAAUAGUGCUUCAUUCAAAGCAACUGUACAGAUAUUACUUACCUAGUUCUCCCAAUGGCCACGUGAAGCACAUGGGUAAGUAUCCUCUCUUCCCCAAAUGUUGGAAUAGACAAAUAUGCAGGUAAAAAGGUGAACAAACUGGAAAAGGUCCAGAGGAGAGCAACUAAAAUAAGUAAUAGUCUAGAAAACAUGACCUGAAAGGAAAGUAUGAAAAUAUUGAGUUUGUUUAGACUGGAGAAGAGAAGACUGAGGUGGGACAUAAGAGCUUUCAAGUAUGUAAAAGGUUGUUACAAAGAGAAGGGUGAAAAAUUGUUCUUGUUAAUAUCUGAGGAUAGAACAAGUAAUAUGCUUACAUUGCAGCAAGAGAGAUUUACAUUGGACAUCAGGAAAAACUUCCUGUUCGGGUGGUUAAACAGGGGAACAAAAUUGCCUAGGGAGGCUGUGGAAUCUCUGUCUAAUAAAACUGAAUACAGAUAAACUCUCACCCUCACAGAUGUUUCACUAAGUGUCUUCCACAGGCUGAAUGCCUUCCUAGUCUGGGCACAAUCCUUUCCCUGGUACAGCCCUUGUUUCAGCUCAGGUGGUAGCUAGGGGAUCUCUCAUGAUGGCUGCUCCUUUGUUCUGUCAUCCACUUAUAUAUCUUUUGCACAAGGUGGGAAUCCUUUGUCCUCCUUUGGGUUCCCACCCCCUCCUUCUCAAUGGAAAAGUGCCAGGUUAAAAAUGGAUUCCAGUUCAGGUGACAUGAUCACGUCACUGUAAGAAUUCAUUACCCACUUGCCAGCACACACACGUAUAAAGGAAGACUCACAAGUAAAACAGAGCCAUCUGCAGUCAAAUUGUCCUGGUUGAUGGGAGCCAUUAAGGUUCCAAACCACCAUUAAUGGCUCACGCUUCACAUAAUUACAAUAGGCCCUCAGAGUUAUAUUUCAGAUUUCUAGUUUCAGAUGCAAGAGUGAUACAUUUAUACAAAUAGGAUGACCACACUCAGUAGAUUAUAAGCUUUGUAAUACCUUACAAGAGACCUUUUGCACGAAGCAUAUUCCAGUUACAUAAUAUUCAAACUCAUUAGCAUAUUUUCAUAAAAUCAUAUAGAGUGCACUGUCACAUAGGUAUUCCACCUCUCCAAGAGGUGGUAGCAAGGCUGACGGGAGAAUUCUCUCAUCGACCUAGUGCUGUCUAUGCCAAGGAUUAACUGAGUCACUCAGGGAGUGUGGAUUUUUCACACCCCUGAAUGAUGUUGUUUUAUUAACCUAAUAUCCUAGUGUAGACCAGGCCUGAGACUCCUCAAGUCAGAGCUGAGACACUUGCAGGGCAGCGAGUGUCAACAUAAACUUCACAGUCUGUGCUGUACCUCUUCUGCAGAUGAAUGAAGAACAACAUUCUCAAGGGCUGUCAGGCCAGGACUGCUCAGAAACACUUACUUCACACACAUACUAAAGUCAGGUCCCUUUCAACUCAUGAAUUAAUCAUUAACAAAUGUAAAAGUCUGAAAGCUUUAAAUUGAGUGAAAUUCAACUUGUGGACUGUGAUAAAUGAAGUGGGGGGCAGGGCGGUAGCUCCCUUUGAUGGGCACCCAGUUCACUGUAAUAUCCCUCUUGGCAGCUGUUCUCUGCUCACUUUAAAUGCAAAGGGUUAAAAGUCCCUCAGGUAAAGAAAAGGAUGUAGGCACCUGACCAAAAGAGCCAAUGGGAAGGUAGAACUUUUUAAAAUUGGGAAAGAAACUUUCCCUUUGUCUGUUGUUCUCUCUGGGCUGAAGAGAUGGGCAGCAGGAAUGCUGUGUAAAGUUUGAACCAGAUAAGAAGACCAUCAGAUCAUAUCUAAAAUAGAUAUAGAAAUAUGUGGAGAUAUACCUAUCUCAUAGAACUAGAUGGGACCCUGAAAGGUCAUUGAGUCCAGCCCCCUGCCUUCAUUAGCAGGACCAAGUUCUGAUUUUGCCCCAGGUACUUAAGCAGCCCCCUCAAGGACUGAACUCUCAAUGCUGGGUUUAGCAGGCCAAUACUCAAAUCACUGAACUAUCCGCCCUCCCGCUACUUUUAACAAUCCAAAUAUGUAAGUAAAUUAGGAAUGUUUAGGAAAAUGCAAUUAGGUUUAUUUCUGUUUAUUUUUUAAGGCUUGUGGACUCCUCUGCGCUAACCCCAGAUGCUUUUGUUUGCUUGUAACCUUUAAGCUGAACCCCUAAGAAAGCUAUUUUGCGUGCUUAAAUUUUUGAAAUGCUUUUAAAAUCUAGCAAAAGCCUAAGUUCAGAUGUAUUUUCUUCCUUUUUGUUUUUAAUAAAAUUUACCUUUUUAAUAACA